AUGGACACUCAUACAUCCUCAUCUGCUUUUCUUUUUGAAAAUACAGAUGGAUCAAUUUAUCCGAGUGAUUUGGUUUUAAAUUUGAUGGAUGAAUCAUCAUCUUCAUUGAUAAAUACAAAUGAUAGUUUAUCUCCAUCAUCAUCAUUAUCAUUGACAAAUAUGAAUGACAGUUUAUCUCCGUCAUCGUCAUCAUCAUCAUUGAAUCAAACAUUUGACGUAUCAAAAAAUCAAAUAACAUAUCCAUGUUGUGUAUUUCAGUGUAAACCAAAUUCACAUCCGUUCCAAGAACGUUGCAUUCCACUUAAUGAACAAGUUAAAGUUGGACGUGCUGUUGCUCGACUUAAAGCUCUUCCGAAUAAUGCCAUAUUUGAUUGUAAAGUUCUUUCACGUCAACAUGCUAAAAUUUGGUACGAAAACGGCAAAUUUUUAUUACAAGAUACAAAAAGUUCAAAUGGUACGUUUGUUAACAGUCAACGAUUAGGUAAAUGUAAUGAAGAAAGUCCAUCAUUUGAAAUUUUUUCGGGUGAUAUUAUUCAAUUUGGUGUUGAUGUUACUGAAAAUAAUCGAAAAACUACGCAUAAUUGCAUUAUUAUGGAAGUAAAACUUUUUCAUACAGAUGGUAAUGAAGGUUUAACUCGAAAUACUAAUGAUCAAUCUUUAUCACAAAUGAAAGAACUUGAUAUAAAUACUCAAACAUUAUAUCAAUUAGAACAAUAUAUUCAAGAAGCAAUGUAUCGUGAGCAAACACUUGGACAAAAACUUGCAUUUCUUCAAGGUGUUUUACGUGAUGCACAGCAAACAUCAAAUGAAAGUUGGCAAGCAAUUAUUCAUGAAGAUCGUCUUCUAGCACGCAUUAAUGCACUAGAAGAUCAAAUUCGUAUUUAUCGCACUAAAUUUCCAAAUGAAGAUACAAUAAAACAAGAGCUAAUUCAAUUAACUGACUCACAUAUAAAAUUUGAAGAAGCAUCAAAAAUAAAAUUAGAAAAAGCUAUACUCGAACGGGCCGAUGCAAUAAAUCGUAGCAAAUCCCUUGAAUGUUCAUUACAAUUAAUACAAGAUGAAUUGAAACGUUAUGAAGAGCUAUAUGAACAGCAUAAACAAGAUACUGAACAACUUGUACAAUCAAUUGAUGAACAACGUUCGUUAAUAUCUGAAUUCGAAAUUAAAUUAAGAGAUUCUGACAAACAAUAUACAGAACUAGAAAAUGAUAAACAACGAAUACAAACUAAUUUUGACGAAUAUUAUCAACGAACACAUCAGUUAGAAGAAUUACAAAAGAAAUCGAUGCAGAAUGGAACAAGUCACGAUCAAUGUCAAGAAGAUUCUUCUUCAAAAGAUAUAAUUAUUGAAGAAACGACUAAUUCUGUUGAGAUUCCAAUAAUAAUUGAAAAUGGAGAAAUUGAGAAACCUCAUCAAAGUAUGAUACCAUCAAAUCAAAAUGAUUCAAUAAUAAAUCAUAAUCAUGAAGAAGAAUAUGAUAAUAACAUUAAUGGAUUUGAUUCAAUGAAUGAAUUAAUAGAAGCACAAAAACAAAUUGAUUUAUUACGUAAAAAUUUAAAUGAAACCAUGGAACGACUUGUUUCAACUGAAGAUUCGUAUCGAAGUGAACAACAACGUUGUCGUUCAUUGACAACAGAACAUGAAACAAUUCAUGAUGAAUUAAGUCAAUUAAAAAUUCGUUUUAAUAAAGAAAAGAAUGAUAAUAAUGAAUUAUUUCAACAACAACAAAGUAGACUUGAUUAUUUAUCAAAAUCAAUUUUAUCAAAAGAAAAUAAACAUAAUCGAUUGCUCAGUGUUUAUAUAUGGUUUUUUCUUUGUUGUUAUUUGCUAAUUUUUUUUCUUUUCUUUUUUCUUCUAUCAUGGUGA